AAACUAUUCUUAUGAAGUGUAUGGAUAUAAUAUACAUGUAUUAGAACAAAAGAUGUGAUCACUUUAUUGCUUUGGGGGAUACCUAGCUACUUGCUAGUGCCUAUAAAUUUGAUUCUUUGACAUGGGGAAUUCUGACUAAAGUGUGUAAAUCAAAUUUCACUUGAGCAAGGCUUUCAUUAUUCUUCUCCAACAUAGUCAUACAAAAUGCAGACCUUGAUCUACUUUUUGUUUGUAGUAAUGGCUCUUUCAGGAGUCAUCAGCUCUUCUCAGGCUGAUCUGAAGUUGAAUUAUUAUGCUGAAACAUGUCCCAAAGCUGAGAAAAUUGUGCUUGACUAUGUUCAUGAGCACAUUCCAAAUGCUCCAACACUUGCAGCCACAUUUAUCAGAAUGCAUUUCCAUGACUGUUUUGUGAGAGGAUGUGAUGCAUCUGUUUUACUGAACUUCACAUCGAGCUCAGGAAAUCAAACGGAGAAAACCGCGGUUCCUAAUCAAACCUUAAGAGGUUUUGGCUUCAUUGACAGCGUGAAGAGCCUCAUUGAAGCAGAGUGCCCUGGAGUAGUUUCUUGCGCAGAUAUUAUUGCUCUGGUUGCUAGAGACUCAAUUGUGGUUACAGGAGGUCCCUACUGGAAAGUACCAACUGGUCGAAGAGAUGGAACAAUUUCUAAUGCUUCUGAAGCUUUAGCUAAUAUUCCAGCUCCAAAUUUCAACUUUUCCGCCCUCCAAACAUCUUUUGUUAAUAAGGGUCUUGAUCUCAAGGAUCUAGUCUUGCUAUCUGGAGCGCACACGAUUGGAAUCGCUCAUUGUCCGGCGUUUACAAGCCGUUUGUACAACUUUUCGGGGAUUCCUGGCAAAGAAGAUCCAUCCCUAGACAGUGAAUAUGCAGAAAACCUCAAAGAGAAGAAAUGCAAAUCGAUCAACGACAACACAACCAUAGUUGAAAUGGAUCCCGGAAGUUUUAGGACAUUUGACCUCAGUUACUACAGCCUUCUGCUAAAGAGGAGAGGACUGUUUGAAUCAGAUUCAGCAUUGACAAAGAAUUCCAUCACACUUUCCUACAUCAAGAAACUUCUUCAGGGCUCAUUGCAGGAUUUCUUCCAAGAAUUUGCGCUGUCUAUGGAAAAAAUGGGCAGCAUACAAGUAUUGACAGGAUCUGCUGGUGAAAUCAGGAAACACUGUGCAUUUGUCAAUAGUUAAUUGGGAACUUUUGCUUUUUGUCCAAGCUUGAAUAAUCAACUUUAGAAUCUACCCCUUUUGGCCUUGGGAAUUUCCUACCCCUUCUGGCCAAAUUAGAGUGCAAGUGUGAUAUGUGUUCGUUUCAAUCAUCUCAUGUGUAUAAAUAAAGGAAAAAAAAUUUUCUUGCAUGUUUCGUUUUAAAUUAAUAAGACUUUCUCAUCUUAGUUUGUGAUUGAGACCGGCA